UGGGAAAUUACCGCCACUCUCCACAUUCAAAUUUAAAACCACUCCCUUCCUUUCGUCUACCUUUUGGGAAUUCAAAUCAAUCUCUCAAAACACACAAUCAUUUUGCUUUCAGACACCUCUGAGAACGUUGCAAGAAAACACUUUCGAAGAACACAAAAUUCAGAAAAAUGAGAAGAAAUCGAUCAGAAAUGGAAGCAAAACAACAACAUCAACAAUGUCCUUCACCGUUGCCAAACCCUUCAUCGUCACUCCUCAAAGACAUCUCGAAUUUCAAAACCCCCAAACGCUCCUCUCAAAACCCUAAUUUCCACUCUCCAUGCCCCCAAUUCUUCACCGCUUCAAAGGAAACCCCAGCCCCAGCCCCACCUUCCUCCUUCCGACGCCGCCGCCCCUCCCUCGCUCCGUCGUCGUCCGUGGCACGGUCCAAGGUGGCUCGAAGACUCAAAGCGUUCGAGCUCGAACAGUCCAAGUCUGCGAGAAAGGCGCAAAUUGACAAAGAAAAGUCGCUCAGAUCGCUAUCCAGGUCCCUCACUGUUUGGCUCAAUUUCUUGUUUCAAAACCCUAGGUCUUGCGGUUGUGAUUUUUCGAAAUUCACUGAAGACCGGUUUAAAGAGUUGGGGAGUAGUGUUUCUGCAAAUGGGAAGAGGGACAGCUGGUCUGGCGGUGGGGUUGGGGUUGAUUGGGUCUGGCGGAGUCCGAAGCGUAGGAGGGAUUUAUGGUGGCGGAGUGUGGAGGAUGAGGAUGCAUCGGCCUUUCCCAAUUCGAUGUUUUCUGCUUUGCAGUACUCAUUGCGGGAAGUUUGUAGUUUUGAUGAUUUGAAGCAGCGAAUGAGUGUUUAUUUGAGCUUGGGUACUUGCAAGGAAAUAUUCAAAGUGAUGACUCAAGUAACAAAGAAUAUCGAUGAAGGGCGAGUAAAAAUGAAGGCACAUUGUCCCAUAGUAACUGAUGUUGGAAUGAAGGAGAUGGCCAUGAGAAUCCUGAUGUGUUAUAACCCUGUUUGGCUAAGGAUAGGAUUACACAUUAUUUUAGGUGGUGACUCCUUGUUGCCUGAUGGAGAUGUCAAUUCCGAACAAGAAAUUGCAUUCUUGAGAGUGGUUAUUGAGAAACAGUUUUUCUCGCACUCUGCUCUAGCUAAAGCUUAUGCUUACAACAAGUUGGUAGAGGGAUUAUAUAGACCGGGUUACUUUGAGGAACUAGGGAAUAUUAUAUUGAAGAGAUUUUUGUUGCUUGUUCUUAUACUUGAUAGAGCUAAAUCUCAGAACAGUCUUCCUAUUAAGUAUGGUAUUGAUGGACUAGAUGGUGGUUCUCCCCUACUGUUCACUUUGCAAUCUAAUUUUAAAUCAACCCGUCAAGUGGUUCAGGAAUUCUUAUCAUCGGAUGUGAUGCAUGGCGAGGGUAAUCUUCUUGCACAUCUAGUGAUUGUAGGGUACAAAGUAUCUUACCAACAGAAUCCUCUCAUUGAGUAUGACUUCAGGGUGACAGAUUUAUUUGAAGAUCUCAGAGAUGGGGUGCGGCUCUGUAGAGCCAUCCAGCUCUUGCAAAAUGAUUCCUCUAUCCUCAUGAAAAUGAUAGUUCCAUCGGAUACUCGUAAGAAGAAUUUGGUUAAUUGUGGGAUUGCUCUGCAACAUCUAAAGCUGGCUGAUGUGCCACUGUAUGAUGAAGAUGGAUUGGUAAUUGUAGGAGAAGAUGUUGUCAAUGGAGAUAAGGAACUUACGCUUUCCUUGCUCUGGAAAAUGUUUGUUCACUUGCAGUUGCCACUUCUAAUAAACAAAACACUUCUAGUGGAGGAAAUUUCCAAAAUCCGUGGAGUUCCUGUGGAAUGUUCACACACCACCACUCUUUUGGACAUGCUUUUGAAUUGGAUCCAGGCAAUUUGUGGAAGUUAUGAUUUCAAAGUUGACAAUUUUGCUUCAUUGGUUGAUGGAAAAGCCAUGUGGUGCUUGCUUGAUUAUUACUUUCGCAAGGAACUUUCUUGCUCUUGCUCUUUUAAGGAUCUUGAUGAACGCAACGGAACAGCGUCAAUUAUGUCAGCUUCUGAUUACACAGAUGCGGUGCACAACUUUAUAUUAUCACAGAAAUUGACGACGCUAUUGGGAAAUUUUCCGGAGGUUCUGCAAGUGGGUGACAUUCUUGAACAUAAUGGUGCAUGUAAUGAAAGGAGUGUGAUUAUUUUGUUGGUCUUCCUAUCAUUUCAAUUAAUUGUCAAAAGAAAUACGGACAAGCUGAAUUUUCAUAAACUCUUGGGUUUUACCUGCCAAAGCCCAGAGAGGAGACGCCUAAGUAUGGAACAGUUUUUUCUUCAUUCAGAAGCAGUGUUAAAUCGAGAAGAAACACAUAGGACCAGCAUUGAAGAUGCUGCGAGAAAUUUUAGGGUUGUCAUGGCAUGGUGGCAAGACAUGGCCCAGCGAAACGGCAAACAUGAAUUCAAACCAGCUACUCCUACUUUGCACUGCUUCUCAAUUAGCAGACAAAGCACUAUCAUUCAAAGAGGGAACUAUUAUGAUCUUUCACUAGAGAAUGCUGCAAAAAUUAUGCAGUCUCAUUUUAGACGAAUAAUUGAACGUCGCAGCUAUUUGCGGAUAAAGAAUGCAGUUUCCUUCUUGCAAUCUGUUAUUCGGGCUUGGUUGACAGCGAAGAAGAAAUCAGCCAUUAAUGGAUUCAGCACCAGCAAAGUUCAAGUCUCAUCAUUUGAGAGGUUGAAGCAGUCUGAAAAUUUUGGCAGACUUAUGACCUUCAUGGUAGACAGGCAUGAUUUUGUGAAGUUGAGACAGUCUGUGGUAAUCAUUCAGCGUGCCACAAGGGCUUGGAUUUCUCGAAGGCACCACCAUGGAAGUAUGUUAACUUGUAAUAUAUUCACUCCUGAUCUCAUCAAUGCUGUUAUUGUUGUUCAGAAAUGCAUUCGUGGAUGGAGGACAAGGUCUAUAUACAGUCACAGUGUUGCUCAAGUAGAGAAAGCUUCACUUGCAUGCAAAGAAGCUGAAGUGAAUUAUCUGCAAAUAAAAGCAGCAUCCAAAAUUCAGCUUGCUUGGAAAAAAUUUGUUGUUUGCAAGUCCCUCCGUUAUCAGCACUUAGCUGCAACUAAGAUCCAGUGUCACUGUCGAGGUUGGCUGUUGAGGAAGAGUUUUGUGAAGCAAAAGCAAGCAAUCAUAAAAAUUCAAAGUGUUCUGAGAUGUCUAAGAUGUUGGAGGGAUUUUCAUCAAUACAAAAUUGCAGCUAAGUCAGUUAUUGUUAUUCAAUCUCAUGUACGUGGAUGGAUUGCUCAGAGUGGAGCUUAUAGACGUAGACGUCUCAUCGUUGUCAUUCAAUGUCAUUGCCGUGGCUGGCUAGCAAGGAGGGAGCUUUUAUUCCAAAAGGAGGCUGUAAUAAGGAUCCAAAGUGCUUUUCGAUGCACAAAAUACCGGGAACUGUUCCAUAGUUACAGAACUGCUGCUAUUGAAAUCCAACGGUUUGUCAGGGGGCAUAUGUUUCGAAGAAGUCUUUUAGGGUUUUCUUGCCUUCACAAAACUGUUCCUAUAGGUUGCAGCUUCAAUCCUGCAAGUGGUUGUUUCCAUAGUAUUGAAUUGAAGAUGUUUUUACAAUCAGUCUUGAAAUUGCAAAGGUGGUGGAGGGGUGUUUUAUUGUUUAAAUCAAGAUUAAACUCAGCAAUAAUUAUUCAGUCUCAUAUUCGAGAAUGGAUAGCAAGACGAAGUGCUACUAGAGCGAGGCGUCGUAUUAUUGCAAUCCAAAGUCAUUGCCGUGGCUGGCUAGCAAGGAGGGAACUUUUGUUCCAAAAGGAAGCUGUAAUAAGGAUCCAAAGUGCUUUUCGAUGCACAAAACACCAGAAACUGUUCCAUAGUUACAGACAUGCUGCUAUAGAAAUCCAACGGUUUGUCAGGGGCCAUAUGUUUCGAAGAAGUCUUUUAGGGUCGUCUUGCCUUCACAAAACUGUGCUUAUAGGUUGCACCUUCAUUCCUGCAAGUGGCUGUAUCCAAAGUCUUGAAUUGACGAUGUUUUUACAAUCAGUAUUGAAAUUACAAAGGUGGUGGAGGAGUGUUAUACUGCUUAAAUCAAGAAUAAAUUCAGUAAUAAUUAUUCAGUCUCAUAUUCGAGGAUGGAUCGCCAGACGAAGUGCUACUAGAGCUAGGAAUCGUAUCAUUGUGAUCCAAUCAUACUGGAAAGGUUUCCUUGCACGGAAGGAUUUAAGAGGACAGCUACUGGAUUUACGUUUGAGAGUGCAAAAGACUGCUGCAAACGUGGAUGAUGGCAUGCGAAUAAUAAACCGACUUGUUGCUGCACUUUCAGAACUAUUGAGUAUGAAAAGUGUCAGUGGCAUUCUUCAUAUUUGUGCAACCUUGGAUAUGGCUACAGAACAUUCACAGAUAUGUUGCGAGGAACUUGUGGCUGUGGGCGCUGUUGACACUCUGCUGAAGUUGAUCCGCUCGGUUAGCCGAAGCAUACCUGAUCAGGAAGUUCUAAAACAUGCACUCUCUACUCUCAGAAACCUUGCCCGCUAUCCACAUUUGACUGAAGUACUGAUUGAUCGCCGUGGAUCUUUGGAAACAAUUUUUUGGGAGUUCCUAAGAAACAAGGAGGGCUAUUUUAUUGCCUCUGAGCUUUUGAAGAAGAUAUGCUCGAAUCAGAAAGGUGUUGAAGCUGUACGCAACUUACCUGCUCUCUUAAAGAGGUUGCACAACCUUGUUGAGGAUCUCACUAGGAAGGCAGGCAUUAAGAGGAAUGCCCGUGCCGUGGUUGCAAGAGAGCACACUGAGAGAAGAUUAAGAGAAGCCACUGAGCUCUUGAAAUUGAUUACAACUGGUUAAACAAAGUUCAACUAUAUAAUUGGCUUGCAAUGUGUAUCUUUGUUUUUUUUUGUUUUUGUGUGAAAGUUGAAUACCAUUUUUUCCAUUUGAAAUCAGUUCUGUAUAUGUUUUUGUAGUACCAUGGAAAUUACAUCGUAUUGUAAUGUGAAAAUGUGUUGUUUUCUCA